AUGCCAGCGUCGCAGUCAGCUCAUCAUGAAGCGACUGCCGAGUAUCAUGUUGCUCUAGGACAGAACACGGCCUCCACUCCGUCUGUAAGAGUCAAGUCGUACGCCGCCGCUGUUGAUGCGUAUUUGAAGGCUAUUCAGGCAACUGAACAGGCAGAUAAGGUGGAGAAGCAGCGGCUGAGGUCGCUGGCGAAGAGUUGUAUCGAGGAUGCGGAGAGAAUUAAGCAGGAAUCCAACGAUCAUAUCUCUUCUGCACCGCCUUCGCCAAAAGAGAACGGAGACUCACGGCGGAAUCAACAACGUACGGAGCAUACACCGCCUGCGCCAUUACCAGAAAUUGAUACACUACAGACCCGUCAGCAGACGAUUUUACUACGCUCAGCAAAGAUUAACGGCGGUGUAUAUCCACCGUGGACAACAGAGCCGAAGGAAACAGAAUUCACUGGAGAUGAGCCUUACGUCGAUCCACUACCACUACCUGGUCCAUCCAGCGACUUUGAGUGGAGACGGCCAACGGACGUCUGGGAUAACGUUACCGUCAUCGACAAGUCAUAUACGGGAGUCGAUCUGGUUCAAGAUGUCAUCUCUGACUGUUCCGUAGUCUCAGCAUUAUGCGUGAUUGGACUGCACGAAGCGAUUCACGGUCAACUCAUCGCUUUGAACCGAAUAUGGCCGCAUGGUAGAAGUGCCAAUGGGAAAUACAUUGUCAAGCUUUUUUUCAAUGGCUGGGAACGGAGAGUCGCGAUCGAUGAUUUGCUGCCGUUCUCGUCAUCAGGGAAACCCACAUAUGCAACCUCUGCCACCGAUCCCUCAUUGUUAGCACCUGCUCUUCUGGAGAAAGCGUAUCUGAAGAUUAUGGGUUAUGGAUAUGUCUUCCCUGGUUCAAACUCUGCAACAGAUAUCUAUGCUCUUACAAGCUGGGUACCCGAACAUAUCUCAUUACGACGGUUAAAUGUCAAAUCAGAUGAUAGAUGGACGAGUCUUUACAAAGCGUGGCAAAGGGGGAACGUUUUGGUAACUCUGGGCACAGGGAAGAUGAGUGCUGAGGAUGAACGGCGAUUAGGCAUCGUUGGGGAUCACUGUUAUGCGGUGGUCGAUAUGAGAGAAGCUGGUGGUCGACGGCACGUUCUUGUCAAGAAUCCUUGGAUUCAUCACGAGUCCGGUACGGUACAUACGAAUGAAUGGACCGAAGAGCUCCGCGAAGCACUGCCAGAACCUAGCAGGGGUAUGUUCUGGAUGGAUUGGGAUAUGCUGCCCCGGUACUUCAUCGGUCUAAACCUGAACUGGAAUCCGUGUCUUCAUCCAUACAGGCGGGAUGUCCACUUUACCGUUGAUGUUACAGACAGGGAUCACUAUAUUGAUAAUCAGCAGUAUGUUUUGCGGAAUGACACGGGUAGUACUCAGAGCGUAUUUGUUCUACUCAGUCGGCAUUAUUUGAGCAAGGAUGAUCCAACAGGAGAUAUCGCCUUGCAGGUGUUUGAUAUGGAUGGGAAGAAAGUGUAUGGCAUGGCUCGACCACUCAAAACGACAUCAUAUCAGGAUACUCUCGAAACAUCGCUCCGCUUGAACAUCCCGUCGAGAAAGUCGUACACCAUUAUUCCUACUUACAAGCGCUUCCCUGUCGGUCAUCGGUGCUCUUUCACACUGUCCGCCUUUUCCGUGACUGAGCUAUCGGAGUUUAUGGAAGCAAGAGACAGGUAUCCAUUAUCCGUCGAGAGAGCUGGCGAAUGGACGAAGAGGACAUCCGGUGGACGCAACACGCCUAACAUCAAUCCACAAUACUCGUUACGAUUGGAUUGCAGCGGUGAUCUGCUGUUGUGCUUGAGUGCUGAAGAAGGAUGUGGGCCUGUACACGUUGCUGUUGUAUGGGGCGGCGGGAAGCGUGUCGAGAGGAUAUCUCGCCGAGAAAUCCUGGCAGACAGUGGUGAAUUCACGCCGAAGAAUACAAUCGUACAGAUCCCGGAUGUGCCGGCAGGGACUUAUACCGUUAUUCUGUCGACUUUCGAUGCUGGGCGUGUAGGAAAGUGUACACUUCUCGUCAAGAGUAACAUGGCCGUGAGCGUGGAACCUGUUCAUGAUAGCUGGGCUGGAAAGAUGAAUAGGACCAUUGAGGGCGGAUGGAAUGGGUCAGCUACGGUGCAGAGACACUCAGUCAAUGUGGCACGAUUGACGUCCGCAAGGUCCAGUCUUCCUGUGUGA